UGGCAGUGGUGCGGCUGUGCCUAAACCUACCUAUUCCUCAUAAACUGUUACUUCUGCUUCCUCUUCGCUCUGCUUCGCCCAGCGCAUCCCUAUGCCUCAAGCUCUCCCUCUCAUCUCAUUUACUUCUUGAGAUACAUAUUCGCACCUAGACCACCUUCAUUCCUCAGUUCAUAACAGGGACCACUGUGUGCUAUUUGGGACUAUCGUAUGGUGUGUUGGAGCGCGCAUGUCACCUGUUCGACACAUUGACUGCGAGGAAGGUGCAACUUUUGUUUUAAUUGUCACAAAUGACGACGUGAAUUUCUUGGAUGAAAGGACCAAAGAUUGCAGGGAAUGAAAGUUUAAAGGUAGUUUUUGAUUCUCUAAGGAAGUUUCAUGGCAAGGAAUUUAGGCAGCUACUAUCAGGAGAAUAUACUCAAAUGGCUGGUCGUGCUGGCAGAAGAGGACUUGACAAGAUUGGUACUGUUAUUCUGUAUGUCGUGAUGAACUCCCAGAAGAGAGUGAUUUAAAGCGUGUUAUUGUUGGAAGUGCAACUAAACUUGAAUCUCAAUUUUGGCUAACCUAUAUUAUGAUUGUACAUCUUCUUCGGGUUGAGGAAUUAAAGAAUUUGGCGCAAAGAACGAGCUUUCCAUUUUCCGUUUGUCUUCCAUGAAUUACAUCAAAGCAUGUACGAGGAAAAAGGGAAAUUUGACAUUUCAAAAACGACACUUUCAGGUCGAUGCUUCCAUCAUCAAGACAGGCUUCGAUCCUAACACGUAUCGUUUGAACUUCCAAGUAAAGAGUCAUCUCCUACAUGGGGAUUUGGUUGCAGCACGCAAACUGUUCGACGAAAUUCCUCACAAGAACAUCAUCUCCACCAACACUAUGAUCACGGGUUACUUAAACUCUGGCAAUCUUUCCACUGCUAGGAGCUUGUUUGACGGCAUGGUCGAACGCUCGGUUGUUACCUGGACAAUGCUCAUUGGUGGCUACGCUCAGAACAAUAAGUUCCGCGAAGCUUUCGGUCUCUUCGCUGAUAUGUGUAGGCACGGCAUGAUUCCGGAUCAUGUCACCUUGACGACUCUCUUAUCUGGGUUCACUGAGUUUGAUAGUGUCAAUGAAGUCGAACAAGUGCAUGCCCAUGUUGUCAAAAUGGGGUAUGAUUCCACCCUCACGGUUUGCAACUCGUUGCUUGAUUCUUACUGUAAGACUCGUAGCCUUGGUUUGGCUUGUCACCUCUUCAAGCAUAUGCCAGAGAAAGAUAAUGUAACUUUCAAUGUGUUGUUGACGGGGUACUCCAAAGAGGGCUUCAAUCAUGAUGCUAUCAAUCUGUUUUUCAAGAUGCAGAAUUUGGGGUUCAAGCCUACGGACUUUACUUUUGCUGCGGUUUUAACUGCAGGCAUACAGUUGGAUGAUAUAGAAUUUGGCCAACAAGUUCACAGUUUUGUGGUGAAGUGUAACUUUGUGUGGAAUGUGUUUGUGGCUAAUGCUUUGCUUGAUUUCUACUCGAAGCAUGACCGUGUUGUUGAAGUGAGGAAGCUUUUUUAUGAGAUGCCGGAGGUGGAUGGUAUCUCUUACAAUGUGAUCAUCACGAGUUGUGCAUGGAAUGAAAGAGUGGAGGAAUCGCUUGAACUUUUCAGGGAGUUACAGUUUACAAGAUUUGAUCGGCGGCAAUUCCCAUUUGCAACCUUGUUGAGCAUUGCUGCAAAUGCUUUGAACCUGGAAAUGGGUAGGCAAAUCCAUUCCCAGGCUAUUGUAACAGAUGCCAUUUCAGAAAUUCUGGUUGGGAAUUCUUUGGUUGACAUGUAUGCUAAAUGUGACAAAUUUGGGGAAGCAAAUAGGAUUUUUGCUGAUCUGGCUCAUCAAAGUUCAGUUCCAUGGACAGCCCUGAUCUCCGGUUAUGUUCAGAAGGGGCUCCAUGAAGACGGCCUAAAGCUAUUUAUUGAGAUGCAAAGAGCCAAAAUACGUGCUGACUCAGCCACUUACGCCAGUAUCUUAAGAGCCUGCGCAAAUCUAGCUUCACUGACACUGGGAAAACAGUUACACUCGCAUAUCAUCAGAUCUGGAUGCAUUUCAAAUGUAUUUUCUGGGAGUGCACUGGUUGACAUGUAUGCAAAAUGUGGAUCCAUAAAAGAAGCACUUCAUAUGUUUCAAGAGAUGCCUACAAGGAACUGUGUCUCUUGGAAUGCACUGAUUUCAGCUUAUGCACAAAACGGAGACGGUGCCCAUGCUCUUAGAUCAUUUGAACAAAUGGUUCAUUCAGGUCUGCAACCAAAUUCGGUUAGCUUCCUUAGCAUUUUGUGUGCCUGCAGCCACUGUGGUCUAGUUGAAGAAGGAUUACAAUACUUCAACUCCAUGACUCAAGUGUAUAAAUUUGUACCCAAAAAAGAGCAUUACGCAUCAAUGGUUGAUAUGCUAUGUCGCAGUGGACGAUUUGAUGAGGCUGAGAAAUUGAUGGCUCGGAUGCCGUUUGAACCAGAUGAGAUAAUGUGGACAUCGAUUCUCAACUCAUGCAGGAUCCAUAAGAAUCAAGAGAUGGCAAAGAGAGCAGCAGAUCAACUAUUCAAUAUGAAGAUCCUUAGAGAUGCUGCUCCAUAUGUUAGCCUUUCCAAUAUAUAUGCAGCAGCUGGUGAAUGGGAGAAUGUGGGAAAGGUGAAGAAGGCCAUGAGAGAGCGAGGGGUCAGAAAGGUCCCAGCAUACAGUUGGGUUGAAAUUCAACAGAGGACUCAUGUUUUCUCAGCGAAUGACAUGUCUCACCCACAGAUGAAAGAGAUAACAAGGAUGCUUGAUGAGUUGGAAGAGCAAAUGGAGAAACAAGGGUAUAAACCUGACUCAAACUGUGCGCUGCACAAUGUGGAUGAGGAAGUCAAGGUAGAGUCCCUUAAGUAUCACAGUGAACGCAUUGCCAUUGCGUUUGCACUUAUUAGCACCCCAAAAGGGUCACCCAUAUUGGUGAUGAAGAACCUACGAGCUUGUAACGAUUGCCACGCUGCCAUCAAGGUAAUCUCCAAGAUAGUAAACCGGGAAAUCACAGUCAGGGAUUCAAGUAGAUUCCAUCAUUUCAGAGAUGGAUCUUGCUCCUGUAAGGACUACUGGUAAUUUGCCUUUAUUUCAUCUACAUAUUCAUCAAUUUUACUUACAAAGAAAAGGCAUUAACCUUGACAAAGAGUUCGUGUCCAUUGUGAAAUUCAUCUUCAUUUAUACCCUUGUUUAUUUAUACCAAUUUUCUACCCUACUGGUUAUAGGAGAAAACAUACUAUUCCUUCCAAGCAAGAAAAAAAAAAAUCCUUGAUAGAGUUUGCUUCCACUAUCAUAUCACACAUUUUUCUGUUUUUAUUUGUACCAUUAUUUAUACCAAGAGAAACAUGAUUUCACACAACAAAUUGUCUCACAAAUUACUCAUCCAGAAAUUGGUGUCUCUUUAAUAGUCCAUUACAUUAUAAUAAAAGACAAUCUUAUUCAUAGCUUUCUAAUUUGAAUGCUCAGCCUGUUUUUGUUGGGAAUUCACAGUAGAGCUUUACACAAUACUCCUCCAGCGUAUUCUGAAAUCUAGUUGCAUUUAUCACUGGCAAUAAUAUUUCCCAUAGAUUACUUUUUAU